AUGGCCAAGAGACAAAGAGACCUAGACAAAGAAGGCUGGACCUUACUCAUAGAAGAGCAUGAGAGUCUGCCCUCGGCGGAACCCCUGACACCUACAAGAAGAACUCGUCGAAGAGGCAAUUCCUCAGAACCUAGUUACGUGAAGCUAGAGAGACAAGAAGAUGGCCUACGUAUCCAGACGGGCGAUUGUCUAUUAAUCUCGGGUGAUCAAUCAUCUAUAUUUAUGAUAACAAGUAUAAAGUUGGGACUCAAGGCUUUGGUUGAGCUUCUGGGUGCUCAAUUCAUGCAUCCUUCUAUGUUGAGUGAAGACGCGAAGAAAGGUGAAGUGUUUGAGAGAAACGAAAUCUUUAUUACACCUGAAAUAGUUUCUUUGCAUGUCAAAGAUAUCGUCGAUAAGGUCCAGGUACUUACCUCCACGGAAUAUUCCGAGGUGGUACUUGACGAUUCGAGUGCCUCUAAUCUAUUUCUCUGUCAGAGAGCCAGUGACUUUCGAGGAGAAAGACUUUCCGAAACGUUCGAUUUUUCCAAUCUCCGAGCUCUCAUUGUCAAGGAUUACAUGGCAGGGAUUAACUUCAUUGCAGAAAAUACAUCGGAGAUCAUCUCUCCCAAAAAACGAAAGUCGAUGCCUCUUUCCCUUCAAGAUAGACUACAGGAUACAACGUCACCCUCAAGAAGGCGAUAUACUGAGCCAGACUCUGAUGAUUCAGACUCGGACGAGUUUGUCAAGCAGGAAAGUGACGAAGACUCCGAAGACUUAGAUCUGGAAGAAGAAGCAAAAGUGGUUACUCACAGUCCAACAAAGAAGCGUAAGAAGGCGCCUGGCGGCUCACCAAUAAAAGAGGAGGCUACUGCUUCCCCGUUAAAACGUGGUACAUCAUCGCGAGCAAAAUUGCAGGGUGUACUUUCUCCUCUCAAGAAAGGGUUCAAGGUGAAAACUGGUUCGGUCGCAGAAAGCUUACCUUCGCUUAGUCGAGGUGGCUCACAGACUUCGCCGAUUGGCAUAGAUACGUCGUCUGAAGCAUUCAAAGAACUCAAGGAAAAACUACACACGUCGAUGAAGGUGAACUCCCUCCCAGCCAGGGAAGAGGAAUGGAUUGCUGUGUACACAAAUGUGGAGAAUGCAAUUCAAACUCAGACUGGAAGCUGCAUCUACGUGAGUGGUACCCCUGGUGUUGGAAAAACUGCCACAAUAAGAGAGGUCAUGGAAACUCUUCGUAGCACUGUUGGGGAAGGUGGGUUGAACGACUUCGACUACUUGGAGAUCAAUUGUCUAAAGCUUCUUUCUCCAGCCUCUGCUUAUGAGAAGCUUUGGGAAUUUAUCAGUGGAAUUAAGGUCACGCCAUCUAAUGCAGCUUUAUUGCUUGAAGAUCAUUUUAGCAGAAACCUGCCUGAUGAAAGUAGACGGCCCUUAGUCGUCCUCCUAGACGAGCUCGAUCAAAUCGUCACGAAGACUCAAGCAGUUAUGUACAAUUUUUUUAAUUGGCCCACGUAUCCCAAUUCCAAGUUGGUCAUCAUUGCUGUGGCAAAUACUAUGGACUUGCCUGAAAGAGUUCUCACAAAUAAGAUUUCGUCGAGACUAGGUCUUCGAAGAAUACAAUUUGUGGGUUAUACAUUUGAACAGUUGGGCACCAUCAUAGCUCACAGACUCACGAUGCUUAGCAAAGAGCAUCGUCGAAAGGUCAAGGUCAGUGAUGAUGCCGUGGGAUUUGCUUCGAGGAAGGUUGCCAGUGUCAGUGGUGAUGCUAGAAGAGCGUUGACGAUAUGCCGAAGAGCAGUUGAGAUUGCAGAGCAAGAAUUUCUAGAAGCAGGAACCAACUUGCAUUUGCCUGAAUCCGAGCAGACAUUCACCAUUCAAAUUGGUCAUAUAUCUAAAGCGAUCAACGAGACAGUGAACUCGCCUAUUGCUCAGCUCCUCAAUCAGCUUUCGUUCGAGUCAAAGCAUAUUUUGGUUGGCAUUCUUCUACGCAUGCGAAGAUCAGGCAUGGCAGAAAACACGCUCGGUGAUAUCAUGGACGAGAUGAAAAACUCUCUUGAGCUUCUCACAUCGAAAGAUAGUGCUACAGCUUUACAAAAGCUAGAGACACACGAAAGCUUUGCCGACUUCUGUUACGGAAAACCACGGAAUAUCAGAGUUCACGACAUGUCCUUCUUGGUGAACCAACUUGAGGAACUCGGGAUUAUCGCGCAACAAAACAUCCGAAGCGAACGAUACAGGCUUGUUUCACUUAAUAUUUCAGAAGACGAGGUGCUCUCUGCCUUAAGAAGAGAUCAGCUCGUUGUUCCCAUGCUCUGA